AUGGCUCUCAUACCGCGACAAAUCGCGGCUUUGACCGUCAAAAAUCUUCUCAUCACUCUCGUUCGACAUUGGUUCUCUACUCCGUUUCGCGCAUUUUUACUACCUUGUAUUUUCAUUGCUUUCAUUUCAUACUCACGGAACCUCUUCAUUCCACCUUCGGUUUAUGGCAUCGGUGAGCCGACUCCGGUCCGGUCGUUAGGCGAUGCAUUGGAUCUGGUGUCAGGAGGAAGAGACAAGCUAGUCCUGGUCAACAGUGGAUUCACAGGAGGAGAUAUCGAGCAAGUCAUCAACGGCAUUGCCGAGCCGGCACGGCAGGCAGGGACGCAGGUUGAUAUCAUCGCCAAUGAAGGAGAUCUGGCCAACAUUUGUCGCAACUCCCUUCGAGGCACCUCCUCUUGCAUCGCCGCAGCAGUGUUCUACUCGUCACCAAACGAAGGGCAGGGUGAAAGAUGGAAUUACUCUAUCCGAGCAGACGGUGCUCUGGGGUCCAAGAUUGUGGUAGACUCCGACACGAACGAUGUUGAAAUAUAUGCACUACCUCUCCAGCACGCGAUUGACUUUACAAUCGCUGGCCUCAACACCUCAUCUGAUGUUACGCCGCUACCAAGUGAAGUGCAAAAAUAUCCUUACACGUCGGAGACAGCCGAGCAGAGGAGAGACAAUAUUCGGAUACGAUACAUGGGCGGAAUUAUAGACAUUUUGGCAGUGGCCAUCUUCAUUGGUAUGGUUGGCACGACUUAUCAGCUGACUGGCCUCAUUGCUGUGGAGCGUGAGAUUGGAAUGGCGCAACUACUAGAUUGCAUGAUGCCCAAUCGUGCUCGAUGGCAACCACAGAUGGUCCGGAUCAUCUCCAACCAUCUGGCUUUCGACAUCAUCUAUGCUCCAGGAUGGAUCAUCAUUGGCAUUAUUCUUUCUGCAGGGAUAUUCAGUAGGACGUCCGGAGCCAUUGUCGUCAUUUAUCAUAUUCUUUCUGGUCUGUCUUUAUGUUCCUUCUCGAUUCUUGGUGGCGCAUUCUUCCGUAAAGCUCAACUAAGUGGAAUCACCAUGGUGAUUGUCAGCUUACUUUUAGCUGUUGUCUCACAAGUGGCCUCCAAAGCUAGUACUGGCGCAGUGGCUAUAUUGUCGUUACUCUUCCCACCGAUGAACUACGUUUACUUCACGAUUUUGAUGGCUCGGUGGGAAAGACAGAACGUUGGAACCAAUAUGGUGAAGCCAGCUCCCGAAAAUCCAUGGACACUUCCUGGGAUUGCAUUGUGGAUCUUUCUCAUCGUUCAGAUCAUCGUCUUCCCGAUUCUGGGUGCGUUGGUGGAGCGGACCUUGUAUGGAACAGGAUCAAAGAGCAGAACUGUCUCCGAAUCGGCUGAAGCCCCUGAUGCAGUAAUACUCAAUUCCUUUUCCAAAGAGUUCCGACCAAGCUGGCUUCGCAAGCAUUUCGGAUUCAUGUUUGGCUCAAGAAGGGAUACUGUUCUUGCGGUCAACGACCUCAGCGUCUCGGCCAUCAGAGGCCAAAUCAUGGUGUUGCUGGGUGCAAAUGGUAGUGGCAAGUCGACCACUCUCGAUGCCAUUGCUGGGCUGACGAAGGUUACCUCUGGCUCUAUCCACCUCAACAUUGCUCAAGGUGCAGGUGGAUUUGGCCUGUGUCCUCAAAAGAAUGUCUUGUGGGAUGAUCUCACGGUACAAGAGCAUGUCUCGAUCUUUAACAAGAUUAAAUGCUUCGGGAAGCCCGACUCUAAGGCUGGUCUCAAAGCCCUCAUCUCGGCGUGCGACGUUGGGCAUAAACUCCAAUCUAGAACCAAAACAUUGUCUGGAGGUCAGAAGCGCAAGGUCCAGUUGGCCAUGAUGUUUACCGGUGGAUCCAGCGUUUGCGCCGUCGAUGAGGUUUCAAGUGGUCUGGAUCCAAUAUCUCGACGCAGAAUUUGGGACAUCUUACUGGCCGAGAGAGGCACCAGAUCCAUCAUUCUGACCACACAUUUCCUGGACGAAGCAGAUUUGCUGUCUGAUCAUAUCGCUAUACUCUCCAAAGGUUCUCUCAAAGUGGAGGGUACAGCAGUUGAACUAAAGCACAAGUUUGGUUCUGGCUACCGAGUUCAUGUCUACAACCUUCCAGAUGGAAGGCCGCUUCCGGAGUACCCUGGCAUACCUUCUGAAACGCAGUAUGACAAGAGAAUAUUCAUACUUCAGGACUCGGCUCAGGCCGCAGAAUUCGUGUCCCAGCUUGAGAACGAGGGGAUUAAGGAAUACCAAGUCAGCGGUCCGACCAUUGAGGACGUCUUCUUGAAGGUUGCAGAAGAAGUGAGGUCGGACUCUCCUGAGCCUUUGCGUGCAGGAUCCCCCACAAGCCAAGACGACAAGGAUGGUGCGGUCGUGGUCAAAGAGAAGUCCGUCGGGGCUCAUACUCAAGGAGCUCCCGAACUAGUCAGCGGAAAACGCAUUGGUAUGCCAAAGCAAGCUUGGGUGCUCUUCUGCAAACGCUUAACAGUUUUCCGACGCAAUCGUCUGCCAUAUAUUGCUGCACUCUUGAUCCCAGUUAUCGCCGCCGGACUUGUGACGUUGUUCCUCAAUAACUUCGAAUCAGCGGGUUGCUCUCCAACGGAAACGAUCACGGUGUCUGAUGUCUCUUCCCUUGUGUCUCAAGUUGAUUUCGACCUUGUUGUUGGCCCAAGAGAUCGCCUGUCGCCGUCCUCCUUGGAGAUGUUUGCCAGAACCCUCCCUGGUGGCGGAGGAGAAACCACUCCUGGCAACCUCACAGGCUUGAUGAAUUCCAUACAUAUGGUGGAUACACUUGCCGAAUUUAAUGACUAUAUCGACACGAGGUUUGCAAACGUUACUCCUGGUGGUUUCUUCUUGGGCGAUUCAUCCUCACCACCAACAUUCGCCUGGCGAGGAAAUAGAGACAUAUCAUUCGCAACCAUCACACAAAAUGCACUUGACGUCCUUCUUACCAACAUUUCGAUCAGCAGCCAGUAUCAGGCAUUUGACAUACCCAUCCCCGCUGACGUUGGCAAGGCUCUUCAGCUGAUCGUCUACUUCGGUCUCGCCAUGGCAGUCUACCCUUCAUUUUUCGCUCUCUAUCCAACGGUCGAGCGUCUACGUAAUGUCAGAGCUCUGCACUACAGCAACGGCGUACGCAGUCUGCCUCUUUGGCUGGCCUAUGUCUCCUUCGAUUUUAUCAUCGUGGUGGCCACCAGCGUCCUUGCGACAAUCAUAUUUCGAGCUGUCUCCAAUAUCUGGUACCACCUCGAAUACCUAUUUGUCGUCCUUUUCUUGUACGGUCUCGCAUCAACGCUGCUCUCGUAUGUCAUAUCCCUGUUUUCCAGAUCGCAAUUAGCUGCUUUUGCUUUCGCAGCAGGCAGUCAAGCAGUCAUGUUCUUGCUGUACUUCAUCGCGUAUAUGUCCAUACUCACGUACUCACCAACAGCCAAGAUCGAUUCACAUGUCACGAUUGCACAUUUCACGAUUGCCAUCAUAUCACCAGCUGCAAAUCUUACCAGGUCGCUCUUCAUCGCAUUGAAUGUGUUCUCCCUUGUUUGUCGAGACCGCGAAUUCGCUACCUAUCCGGGUGAGAUAACUUUGUACGGCGGUCCGAUCCUAUAUCUCAUCCUUCAAUCAUUCUUCCUGUUCGGUCUUCUCCUUUGGUGGGAUAGUGGCCCGCUGCUCCGCCGUCUUCGAAAACGAUUCCGUACUGUUGACGCCGAAGACAAAUCCACUGCUGAAGAAGAAGUGUCAAAGGAACUCACGCGUGUCACUUCAUCUCGAGACGGUCUGCGUGUCCUCAAUGUCACCAAGCAAUUCAAAUCGAACCUCGCUGUGGAUCACGUUACUUUUGGCGUUCCCCGUAGCGAGGUUUUUGCGCUCCUUGGCCCUAAUGGUGCUGGAAAGUCAACCAUCAUCUCUCUCAUUCGAGGAGACAUCCAGCCCAGUCGUCAGGGAGGAGACAUAUUUGUAGAAGAUGUCUAG